AUGAUGAUGAAGAUGAUGAUGAUGCGUUCUGAGUCCAGCGUCACUGAGUCCCACACGACACCGACACCGAACCCGAAACCAGACAAAAGAAUGACCGGGUCGAAGCUUUUCACUGUGUUACUCUUGCUAGCGUUGCGCGUCGGGUCCGCGGAGCAUGUGUCAGGGCUAAGCUUCGUGGAGAGCCCUGGGAAUGUGACUUCCUCUCUCGGGAAGGCAGUGAAGCUCCAGUGCGUCCUGCGAGCAGACGGGGUGGACCACGGAGCCCUGGACGUGGUCUGGCUGAGGGAGGGACAACCGCUGUACUUUGCUGAACUCAACCAGAUGCAGGUCCCCGUAGAUGAAAACAGCUGGCUGGUUAUCAGUGAACUCAAGAUAGAGGAGGUAACGCUCUCGGAUAUGGGCUCCUAUCAGUGUGCGGUCUACUUCGGUUCAGAGGUGACAUUAUCCAUUGAGGGGCACAUCCAAGUAGAAGGUCUCCCUCAUUUCUCAGUGGAACCGCACCAUUUGCAGGUAGUGGCUAAUGUAGGGCUGAGUCUGCACUGUGAGGCUCACGGUCCUCCUGAACCUGUACGGGUCAUCUGGCUACAGGACGGGGCUCAACUCAAUAACCUGGAGGACCCCAUAUCCCUGUCGCCCUCAACGCUCCACCUCUCAGGUCUGAAUAAAACCAGCUCUUUCUCCUGUGAGGCGCACAAUCGGAAAGGUGUGGCGUCGUCUGGCACGGGCACUGUGACGGUCCUUCCUGCCCAGCCCCAUGACAUUAAAGCUGAAGACAUCACUAAUUCAAGCAUCCGUCUGUCUUGGCACAUGGGCUUUGGAGGAAUCUAUCCCAUCAGCCUCUGCAUUGUUCAGGUUAAAGCGUCUGGUGAAGACUCUGAUCAGCUGAUCUACAACCAGAGGGUCAGCGCACCAGACACCAGCCGUCUGAUCUCAGAUCUGGAAGCGUUCAGCCAAUAUGAUUUCAGGAUGGCCUGCCAGAGCAGUCAGGGUGUCUCUAACUGGACGGCAUGGGUUCCCAUCAGCACCAGCGAAGGAG